AUGGGAGACAUAAGGAUGAUCACAGGGGGCGGUACUUCUAGUUCCUCUAAGAAGGCAUGUAAGGCAUACUUACAGAUGGUUCAAAAUAUUCAACUAAUAGGGUACGCCCCGAAGAUGGUGCGGGUUAACAAUCCCAUAAUUGGGUUCACAGAGGAAGAUGCCCGACGUCUCCACCACCCACAUGCUGAUGCACUCGUAGUCAGUAUACGGGUAGGAGACUAUAAUACCUACAGGGUGCUGCAAAUGAGAAUAGAGAAGGAACAAUUAAUCCCAACCAACGCCUCGCUCAUAGGGAUUGGAGGAACAAAGGUGUACCCACUAGGUGCAGUCACCCUACCAGUGACAGUCAGAGAUUACCCUCAACAAAUCAUGAGGGACGUAACCUUUCUAGUCGUUGACUACUCAUUCGCAUACAAUGCAAUACUGGGGCAUCCUACUUUGAAUUCAUGGAAGGCUGUAACAUCAACCUACCAUCUGAUGAUCAAGUUCCCCACUGAAUAUGGGGUAGGAGAAGUAAGAGGUGAUCAGGUGGCAACACGUGAAUACUACAUUGUAAUGCUAGAAAUGGAUGACCACCAGCAGACCAUAUGCAUAGAAGAACAACAAACAGCAAAGCCUAUGGAAGAACUAGAGGAAGUAACCCUUGACGACUCCAGGCUUGAGUAG